UCGAGCGUCUGGACCUACGCUCCUACGUGUUUACUCUCUAGUAGGCUGUGGGCCUUAGUUCUAUCGUACUCGCCUUGGCAGUUGAUCCCAACAAAGCACACGAACAAACACGAUGCAACGAAAAACGGCACGAAUUAUUUCACAACCGCAGCUAGAUCAGAUGCCGUGGCGCAUUUCCUUGCCAGCAACGAAAAGGCAGUCCAGCAAGGAAUUACACCGGCUCAGCACAUCCAGCAAAACAGCUGAUCACAUUUUACGGGCACCAAAAUGUGAUAAAUAUCAGUUUAUAUGCAACUUUACCCAUCGCCGUUUGACCGAUCCCCGUGAGCUGGAAGCAUUGCUGAAGGAGAAAGGUAUUGAUAAUGUGACCUUUUGCUUACCGCAGUGGGAGCAGAUCGACCUUAGCUCGGGCGCACAUUUCAUGCCGCUAGCGUUGUUUGAUGACUGUGAGUAUGAUACGUUCGAUCCUGGAGUGGUCGGUUUUUGGAGGAAUAUGGAGGUCAUUGCAAUUACAACGCCCUACGCACGCUGGCGAAGCUACACCGUAAACAACCAUGACCCGUGCACCAAUCAGUGGGAAGUAAGUGAACAAGAUUCCACAACGUCUUACCUUAUACCGAGGCUGCAGCUUUACUUCCCCUUCGAAGAUCCGAAAAAGUUUGCUCAACGCAUUGGUACAGCUGUUAAAGCGCGCGAUACGGCCGAAAACGCCAUUCGGUUUCGUUUUCUCUGCAAGCACAUCACCAGUAAUGGAUGCUUCGCGCCGGGACGCGCACUUGAACAAAGCAUACUGCGACGUGCGGGCGACGAGAUCUACGGAGUAUUCAAGAACCUUUACGAAGACUACCACAUUGGCCUCGCAGUAGGCCAACAUCUUCGGACCGAUGGUUCGGUGCCAAUAAAACAACCCAGUUUUAGCCAUAGCUUGAAGCCUCCCAAGGAUGCUCCAGUGGAUGAAUUGAAAUGGGAACGAAUCGUUCACCUUCUCGACCGGUUUAGACGCCGAACUUUGCUCUGUGACACGAACGUGUUUCACGCACUGCGUCUCGUGAAUCAAGAAUGUGAAAUGGUGCGAAAGUUACCCAUGUUUGUUGUGGCUAGCGAUAAGCCUAUCCCGCUGGAGGAGUACGAAAAGCUGAACCUAACGCAAACCAGCAAAACAUUGAAGUACCUCCAAAACACCUGGAUCGAACGCACUACCAUGCAUCUGCAUAGGCUGCUAUCGCGCAUUGGAAACGGGCACUUCAACAUCGGUGUGGGCAGGUGGGAAAUCUACAACGUUAUGAAGCUGAAGCGUCUUAUCGAACAAGUGCUGUACAGGAUGCAGGAUGCGCUUCGAGAUCUGCUGCUCGAUUCCACCGCUGCUUACGUCCAUUAUCUGGUGAACGAUUGCUCUGCCGUACUGGCGAUAGAGGGUGAAGACUAUUCCUGGGAUGGAAAUCUCAUUGAUAGUCCAUUCGAACCGCAACGUCCGGCUGUGUUUUAUCUCUUGCUGGAGAUGGGUCCAGAUAUGCCUUACUAUUCUACCGACCCCGAAUCAUUUCCCGAAACGUUGCGCCACAUUCUCGAUGACAUCCUGCGGGCGUGCCAUUUUAUCCACACGAUUGAACCUUCGCUGAUGCAGUCGCUUAUAUUUGCUGAAAACCUGUACCUUUCCUCGGUGGGAUUGCUGGAUUGCGCCAUUGUGAAGCAACGAGAAGCAUUGCUAGAAUACUACCACAAAGCGCUGCUUCCUCUGCAGGCUUAUGCGGCACGGUAUGCCGCCUACCGGGAGCUUUUCUUUACCAACGUUAAGGAGUUUGUCGAGCAGAUCAAGAACGCAGACAAAUCGUCCUCCGAGAUAAAGGAAGACAUUGCAUUCCAGAUCCGCAUGCGGGAGAACCUGGAGCACACCGUACCGCUUUGUAUCGUAAUUGGUCCAUUUUGGAUCAAUGUACAGCCGCUCAGGGAGGCACUGAUCCGCAAGCGCCAAGAGCUGACCGCCGCACUGCUAAAGAUGCUGACCGAGAAGCUGCGCAUUAAGACGGCCGACGUGAUAACGUGCUACAACGGUAUCAACGAGCGGAUGUGUGAAAAGCCCGUCUCGAUUGAACACAUCUACGACAUCCGUGCGUACAUGGAAGACGUGCCCGAGCUGGUGGUCCGGCUCGAAGAUCGAAUGCGUGGCAUUCUGUACGAGUACGAGAUAUUGGAGGGCUUUCUGCACAACCUACCGGAUGCGGACUUUCAGCAGAAAUGGAACGCGCUGGCCUAUCCCCGGAGCGUGCUGAAGCAGAUGGUUUCGGUGCAGGAGUUUCACGAGUCGGAAGUGGACCGGUUCCGCAAGCAACAGUUUGCCGACGAGGCAGCCUUUACUGCCAGCAUCGAGGAUAUCAACGCGUACAUCUCCAAGUUCACCACGCUGUACGACGUGUCGAAGGUGUCGGAGAUGUCGGUCGAGGUCCGGCGCCUCUGGAAAACGGUGCAGGAGCUGAUCGACCAGGGCCACAUCAUGAACCGGCGCCAGGAGCUGUUCGAGAUGGCACCGAUUAGCUUGAAUAAUUUAUACGAGCUACGGUCCAACUUCAGUGCCUACCGGGAGCUGUGGACGGUGGCGGCCGACUACCUGAAGCUGGAGGAAACGUGGAUCGGCAACCCGCUGGCCAGCGUCGACCUGGACGGUGUGCGCAGGGGGCUGCAGCAGACGCACGACAGCUUGAAGGACCUGCUGCCACUGUUCCGUGACCAGCCGCAGCUGCUGGUCGUCGUGGAGCAUUUCCUACAGGUGGUGGAAGCUUUCCGCCCCAAUCUGGACAUCAUGGAGCUGCUCAAGCGUCCGUACCUGGAGGCGAUACAUUGGGGCCAGCUGGCGAAGGAAAUCGGCCUCAAGGGCAAGCUGUCGGUGGACGUUGGGUUCGAUGUGUUUUUGGAGCACGGCUUCCGGGAUCAUCUGGAAACGGUGAGGCGGGUGGUGGUGAAGGCGGAACAGCUGCGGCUAGAGCAGGAAGCACGCUGGGCGGAAGAGGAACGCAUCCGGCAGAUAGAGGAAGCGUACAGGCGUGCCCGAGCAGAGCGGCGUCAGAAUCGGACGGAAAUUUAAGCAAUUGAUGGGAGGAAGGGGGGGAAGUAUUUUAUUGGUCUUAGUAUAAUCGUAAUAUUCCAAAUGUUUUUUAAUUACAUAUGCACUAAAAACAACACUAAAACAUAUGAAAGGAUGUAUAUAAAUUUCUUAACCUUUCUGUCACGUAUGACGUCAUUUGUUGUUCUAGAUAAUAAACUAGGAUAACAGAUCUUGCUUGGAGUUCUAGAGGGUUAAAUAUUCUUCAAUUCUGGUUAUGUUU